GGCCCCGCCCCCGGUCUCUUAGGUGAUGCUGCAGCCAAGAUGGCGCUGGCGGCGGCCGCGGCGGCCUGAGCGUCAUGCUCCGGGCUCUCGGCGGCGGCUGCGGCGGCUGUGGCCUCGGCCGGGGCCUCGAGUCUCUCCCGAGAGCGAGCGCUCCAGCGCCUCUCCUCCGGCCCUGUCCCUGUGAGGCGGGCCCGAGGGGAGAUCGCCGGCCGUGAAGAGAGGAGACCGUGAGGGGCAGCGGAGAGAGCGGCGCUCGAGCCCGCCAGGCGCCAUGGCUGGGAUCAUCAAGAAGCAGAUCCUGAAGCACCUCUCCAGAUUCACCAAAAACUUGUCUCCUGACAAAAUCAACCUAAGCACCCUGAAGGGAGAAGGAGAACUAAAGAACCUGGAGCUGGAUGAGGAGGUGCUCCAGAACAUGCUGGAUCUGCCUACAUGGCUGGCUAUCAACAAAGUGUUCUGUAAUAAAGCAUCCAUCAGGAUUCCAUGGACAAAAUUGAAAACACAUCCCAUCUGUUUGUCUCUAGAUAAAGUCGUCAUGGAAAUGAGUACGUGUGAAGAGCCACGAGCCCCUAACGGUCCAUCACCAAUUGCAACUGCAUCAGGACAGAGUGAAUAUGGCUUUGCUGAAAAAGUGGUUGAGGGAAUCACUGUCUCUGUGAAUUCCAUUGUCAUCAGGAUUGGAGCAAAAGCUUUCAAUGCCUCCUUUGAACUUUCUCAGCUCCGAAUCUAUAGUGUCAACACACACUGGGAACAUGCAGACUUGAGAUCUACUCGUGUUCAAGACCCACAGAGAGGAGAGGUUCUGACAUUUAAAGAAAUAAAUUGGCAGAUGAUUCGAAUUGAAGCAGAUGCUACCCAAAGUUCACAUCUCGAAAUUAUGUGUGCUCCUGUUCGAUUAAUAACCAACCAGUCAAAAAUUAGAGUCACCCUUAAAAGAAGAUUAAAAGAUUGCAAUGUCAUUGCAACUAAGUUGGUUCUAAUACUGGAUGAUUUGUUAUGGGUUUUAACGGAUUCCCAGUUGAAGGCUAUGGUGCAAUAUGCAAAGUCUCUUAGUGAAGCAAUAGAAAAAUCAACAGAACAAAGGAAGAGUAUGGCUCCUGAACCCACACAGAGCUCUACGGUAGCCUCAUCUGCCCAGCACGUCAAGACCCCACAGGCUGCCAAUGUUCCCGAUCUAAACGAUGCAAUUGUAAAAUGCUUCAAUGACUAUGACGUUAAGGAAACCUCCCAUCACCUGGUGAUUUCUCAUCUGGAUCUACACAUCUGUGAUGAUAUUCACACAAAAGAAAAAGAGUCAAGUAGACGUGUUAGUGGAGGUGCUAUGCAGCUCUCUUUCACACAGCUGACCAUAGACUAUUAUCCUUAUCACAAAGCAGGAGAUAGUUGUAAUCAUUGGAUGUAUUUUAGUGAUGCAACCAAAACAAAGAAUGGAUGGGCUAAUGAGUUGUUACAUGAAUUUGAAUGCAACGUUGAAAUGCUUAAACAGGCUAUGAAGGAUCGUAAUGCAGGUUCACCUCCCAAAUCCCCAACUCAUGUCUCUCCCCAGCACACACAAACAGAGAAAGGGACCCCUAAAGCAUCUUCAUUGUUACCCCAGCAGUCCAAAGCAAAGCUGAUGUCCAGCUCUGUCGUUGUUAGACUUGCAGAUUUCAAUAUAUACCAGGUCUCUACAGCGGAACAAUGUCGCUCUUCCCCCAAAAGUAUGAUUUCCUGCAACAAAAAAUCCCUGUAUCUUCCACAAGAAAUGUCAGCUAUCUACAUAGAGUUCACGGAAUAUUACUAUCCAGAUGGCAAAGAUUUUCCAAUUCCAUCUCCUAACCUGUAUAGCCAGCUGAAUGCUCUACAGUUUACUGUAGAUGAAAGAAGUAUUCUGUGGUUAAACCAAUUCCUACUAGAUUUAAAACAGAGUCUUAAUCAGUUCAUGGCUGUGUACAAGUUGAAUGACAAUUCAAAAUCUGAUGAGCAUGUUGAUAUUCGAGUUGAUGGCUUAAUGCUAAAGUUUGUCAUCCCUUCUGAGAUGAAAGCAGGCUGCCAUCAAGAUCAGCCCCACACAGUGUCUAUACAGAGUUCAGAAGUGACCGCCACCAACACAAGGCACUGCCCAAACUGCCGGCACUCGGACCUAGAGGCUUUGUUCCAAGACUUCAAAGACUGUGACUUUUUUAGCAAAGCUUAUACUAGAUUCCCCAAAUCCUGUGACAGUUUCAAUCUCCUCCAUCCAAUCUUCCAGAGACACGCUCAUGAACAAGAUACCAAAAUGCAUGAAGUUUAUAAAGGGAAUAUUCUUCCCAAGUUGAAUAAAAACACUCUUAAGACGUCUGCUGCCACCGAUGUGUGGGCAGUGUACUUCUCCCAGUUUUGGAUAGACUAUGAAGGGAUGAAAAGUGGAAAGGGACGGCCAAUAAGCUUUGUAGACUCCUUCCCUCUGUCCAUCUGGAUUUGCCAACCCACGAGAUAUGCAGAGUUACAGAAAGAGCUUCAGACUUGUGAUCAAGUGUCUCUCAAUACCUCACAGAGCGAGUCCAGCGAUCUGGCUGGCCGAAUGAAGCGGAAGAGACUCUUGAAGGAGUAUUAUAGUACAGAGUCUGAGCCGUUGACAAAUGGCGGUCAGAGACCUGCAUCAGAAACGUUUCUACGGUUUUCCUCUUCGUCUUCAGAUGCGGAUGUUCACGUCCUGGUUCGUGUUCACAAACAUGUCAGCAUGCAGAUCAAUCACUACCAGUAUCUGCUGCUGCUUUUCAUACACGAGUCGCUCAUUCUGCUUUCGGAUGCCCUACGGAAGGACGUGGAGGCUGUGACCGGCAGCCCUGCUUCUCAGACCUCUGUUUGCAUUGGCGUUUUACUUAGGAGUGCGGAGCUCGCCCUGCUGCUGCAUCCCGUGGACCACGCGAGCACGCUGCGCUCUCCUGCCUCUGAGAGUGUGAGUGCGCUGCUUCCCGACUACCUACCCUCAGAAAAUGGGGCCUUUUUGUCUUCAAAGAGAAAACAAGGUGGUAGUGGUAUACAUCGAAUUAGAAACGCUACUCUUAAUCACAUGUCAGACAACAGAUCGAUGAGUGUUGACCUUAGCCAUGUCCCUUUAAAGGAUCCUUUGCUUUUCAAGUCAGCCAGUGACACAAAUCUGCAGAAAGGCACUUCCUUCCUGGACUAUUUAUCAGACAAACAUUUAGGGAAAAUAAGCGAAGAUGAAAGUAGUGGCCUUGUUUACAAGAGUGGCUCAGGAGAAAUGAUGGCAGAAGUAAGUCACAGAAAGGAUGUGUCUUGCACAGACUCCAAUAGUGUCCUGAACUGCAGAGAGGACUCAAAUAGGCUUUCCCUGAAUAACAGCGGAAAUCAAAUAGCACCUUCAAAUGCUUUAGCUGGUAAAGGAAGUGGAACUAUAGAGUCAAUCUUCAGAGCUGAAGAUUUCCUUCCUGAAGUCCCGUUAGUCCCGGAGAACCUGGAGGACAGUAAAGAAGAGAUGCCCACAGCCAGAUCACUUAAACCCCAGCCGUCCUCCAGUGUAAAACCUAAGGAACGCUGCCCACCCACCCCAGCUCCACUCUGUGUUUCUUACAAGAACAUGAAAAGGAGUGCCUCCCAGGUCUCCCUGGACGCCCUUUCACUGGACAGCAUGGUGCUGGAAGAGCCCCUGGAGAGUGAUGGAAGUGAUAGUCACGCGCUGUUGGGAAAAGCGAUUAAAAGGAACUCAAAUGCAAACUGCCAGAGCCCAACAGAGAGUGUGACCCCCAGUGCAGAUGCGCAGAAUUGUGGGGAAGCCUCUCCCGAUGCUGUCAGUACGAACUCAGAGGGUGCACCAGAGAGCCGCGAUGACCUGAUGUCAGUCGUGGUGUUUAAAAUCACGGGCAUUAAUGGAGAAAUUGACAUACGGGGAGAAGACACAGAAAUCUGCCUUCAAGUGAACCAGGUGACGCCAAGUCAGUUAGGCAACAUUAGUCUGCGGAAUUACCUUGGAAACCGUCCACUUGGUUCUGACCAGAAAGCUGUAAUUCAUCCCAAAUCCUCUCCCGAGAUCUCCCUGAGGUUUGAAAGUGGACCCGGUGCUGUAAUGCACUCUUUGCUGGCAGAGAAAAAUGGGUUUCUCCAAUGCCACAUAGAGAACUUUAGUACUGAGUUUCUAACGUCUUCUCUUUUGAAUAUUCAACAUUUUUUGGAAGAUGAAACUGUUGCAACUGUAAUGCCAAUGAAGAUACAGGUUUCCAAUACAAAGAUAAAUUUAAAAGAUGACAGUCCCCGGAGCAGCACAGUGUCCCUGCAGCCAAGUCCUGUGAGUGUGCAUAUUGAUCAUCUGGUGGUGGAGAGGAACGACGAUGGCUCUUUCCACAUCCGAGAUUCUCACAUGUUUAACACUGGAACUGAUUUGCAAGACAAUGCCAGCCGUGAUUCAGUGAUGCUGACCAGUGGGAAGUGUGACUCGAGGAGGCAACACAGUGUCACCCAGGCCACUCAGACGAGCCCAGAGGCCCCUUGGCCCUCUCAGUCUGUCAGCUGUCCUGAACACUCCUUUGACUUUACAAGGGAACAGCUCAUGGAGGAAAACGAAUCUCUUAAGCGGGAGCUGGCUCAAGCUAAAAUGGCUCUCGCGGAGGCGCACUCUGCCAGAGAUGCUCUUCUCCAUCAAAUGAAGAGGAUGGCCCUUGAGUAGCUGGAGUGGCCGCAAGAACUCGGACUGCAGCUCUGGAGGAGGAAGGUGGUGUUUAAAACAUGGCUGUAACCAGUUAGUGGGCGAUUUUCUUUUCCAUGAAAAUAAAGCGAAACGGAGUGUGGUGAA